ACUAUAACUUCAACCACACACUACCCUCAAUUUCCUACCCUUAAUCUCCCAACUCCCGGAGGAAACACCACCACCGCCCCCUCUCUCCCAGUGAACUGAAAGGAGAAGAAAAAAUGUCCCUUCAAACCCCCCGCAUCCUCCCCGCCCACCUCCACGCCUUCCACCCCUCCAGCGCCAAUUCCAAACACACGGUACGCAUCCUCGGCACCGUCUCCGCCCUGCGCGGCGACACCGCCACCAUCACCUGCGGCAGCGCCGGCGAGACCGUGACGAUCAUCCUGAACCCCGACUCGCGUCUGCAGAUGGGGAAGUUGGUGGAGAUUAUCGGGAAGGUGACGGAUUUGGAUGAGGGGGGCAUUGGAAUCCGGUUACGCGGGUGUACCGACUUGGGGGAUCCGGCUGAUUGUGACUACAAAAUCUACGAGCAGGUCGUCAAUGCGACGCAUAAGCUCAAGUCCAUCUUCUAUGACGCGAACGAGUGAGUGCCCAGUGUCAUCUCGAGGGAGACGAAAACGAGGACCUUUUGCGGCGCGUGCUGGUAUGCUGGUAUGGACCGGCUUGUGGAUGAUGGAUGUGAUAUACCCCUGUUUCGGAGGGAGAUGUUUCUAUAAUGAAUAUAUGCGCUUGUCUGUUCU